GUGAUCAUUUUCUGUUUAUAUCUCGUUGAGAAGCACGAGUCGAUGAAGACAGUAGUUAAAUAAUCGAUAUAACACCCGCCAAAAUGUGUGCCUGUGUACAUGAAAGUGACGCGUUUGUUGAUUGUUGAUGGUUUGGUGGUUUUAUCCGAACAAGUAGUGAAUAGAGAACAUUCAGAGUGGAAAUAUAGCUCCUGAGUUUUUCUAGACAAGUAAUUAUCCGACGAUGCCACCCAACAGAAGACCGAUGAGAUAUGCUCAUGCUGAUGGCCACACAGACGUCUGCUAUUCUCAGGAUGGCAAAUACAUUCUGACUUGUGGAAGUGACGGCGAUGUUCGUAUAUGGGCGGGACUUGAAGACGACGACUCGACGUCACAGUGUGUUGGUGAGAAAGCGUUGGCUGUCACACAGAAGGGCAGCUAUUUUUAUGUUGGGACAGACAAUAAUAAUGUUCAGGCAUAUACCUUCCCAGAUGCGAACAGAGACCAGAUUGUUACAAGAUUUUCUGCUCCUGUUACUCAUGUUGCUGUUAGUGAAAAUGGGAAGAAAGUCUUUUCUGGAUCAUUUGACACGGAGAUACACAUCACAGAUUUGGACACGUCUCAGUCACAAGUAUUGAGUGGGCACACUGCACCUGUCCUCUCUGUUGCAGUCGACCCUGCAGAAAAAUAUUUGGUAUCUUCAAGCUGUGAUGGAACAGCAAGAGUGUGGUCCCUUGACACACUAGAGACAGAAUACACUUGGCAAUGUAUUCCGGUGAGCAAUUCUUUCUACACAACAGAGGUACUCUGUCGGCCAUCUUGGCAGCCUACCUCUGGCCGUUAUUUGGCCUUACCUGAGGAUCGUAAUGUACGACUGUAUGAGCGUGCAUCCUGGCGAAAGGUGGCGUCAUUGGGAGAUGAGAAGGCAAGAAAGGCUUUUUCAAUCUGCGCUUUCUCACCUUGUGGCCAGUAUAUCGCAGGAGCUACAACAGGUGGUGACAUAUGUAUCUGGAAUGUCAAUAGUCAGUCCAAAGUUGUAAUAGUGCAGCAUGAUCAGACUGUGUGCAUAUGUGGACUGGUGUGGAACCCUUUGAGCAAUGGAGAAAUAGCGUACUGUGAUUUCACAGGUCAGCUGGGCACAGUGGAGGAUUGCCUACCAGUGGAGGAAGCUAAGGUUACAGAAAUCGUUAAUGGUAUACCUGCUAUUGACAGGGUAUUUGAGAAUGAAGAAGAAGAUGAUGCGGAGAACGUAUUCUCUCUUGAGAAGAUAAAAGCAUCCGUUGCUGUACCAACACAAGAAGGCAGUACCCUAGGAGAUGAGUUAGAUAUACCUGAUGCUUUAGAUGAUGAAGAUGAUAUCGAGAGCAAGAAAAGUACUCUUGCGAAGGCUGAUCUGCUAGAUGUUGUUUGUGAAGUUCAAGCACCUUUCCAACCGUCAUCAUCUCCAGUCCAUCUUCAGCAUAGAUAUAUGGUAUGGAACUCUGUUGGUAUUGUUCGUUGCCAUGACACAGAAGAAGAAAAUUCAAUUGAUGUGGAGUUCCAUGAUACAUCAGUUCACCAUUCAAUACACAUGCCCAACUUCCUGAAGCACACACUUGCAGCCUUGACUGAAGAAAUACUUGUACUAGCUUGUGAAGCUCAGGAAGAAUCCAGCAGCAAGGUGGUGUGCGUGUUGCUGUCUUCGUGGGAUGGAUCUCGAGAGUGGACAGUUGAGAUGCCUGCUGGGGAGGAAGUGCUGGCUGUUGCUGCAGGACAAGGCUGGCUGGCGGCUGCUACUGACAUUCGCAACCUCAGGCUGUUCACAUCAGCUGGCACACAGAGGGAGGUGGUGUCACUGCCAGGUCCUGUGGUGUGCCUCGCCGGAAGGCAGAAGCAGCUGAUGGUUGUCUGUCAUGGAGGAGCUGGAUUGAUAUUUUCAUUGAUAGCUGUGAGGGAUAAUGUUGUAACAACAGUCUCUGCAUAUGAACAGCUGCCACUUGCUCCAAAGGCACAGCUGCACUGGGUAGGUUUCACUGAUGAAGGUACACCCUGCACCACAGAUUCAGCUGGAGUUGUACGUUUCCUUUCUCGUAAAGGAUAUUGGAGUCCUGUUUGUGAUACAUCUUCACAGACUAGUGGCAAGUCAGACCAUUACUUUGUGCUGGGUGUGAGUGAACGGUACCAGAACGUGAGAUGUGUGCUGUGUAAGGGAGCCAGGUACCCGCCUACUGUGCCACGGCCAGCUGUUGUGGAACUGUCCUUAAAGAUUCCACUCUGUGAAGAAGCAACUGAAAAGGCUGGACUAGAAGAAAAAUUUUGGCGAUCUCAGCUACUUUUGGGUGGUGUGGAAGCCUUAAGUAGAACUGAUGACAACUACUUGAAUGAAAAAGAUGCAAUUGAAACUACUAUAAAGGAGACCAUCAUUAAGUUAUUUGCUCUUGCCUGCAAGAGUGGUCUGGAACAACGAGCAGCUGAACUUGGAGCAUUGAUGCCAUCUCAGCAAGUUCUUCAGUUAGCCAUGAAAUAUGCUACCAAAGUGGGCAAGCAUCAUCUUGCUGAUCGCCUUUCUGAGGAUGCUGCUAAACGUGAACAUGAGCGCCUCACACCGGAGAUUACUGCCAUCAUGUCGGGGAGUGGUGCAUCUCACAAGAGGUAUGUCUUAGAGUCUUCAGAGAGCCAGAAUGGAUGGUCUAGCUCAAAUGGGGAUGCUGUUACAGAUGAUUAUGAUCCAUUCGCAAGCACCCCAACAAAUAAUGCCACACCCGCAGGCGAUAUACCCAGGAUUUCACAAGCUGUAUCUACUUUUUUAAUGGUUGCUGAACAUGGAAACCUUCUGCUGGCUGCUAAGCAAAGAAAGAAUAGUGUGCCUGAAAUCCGGCCGACAUUGUCGCUGAGCCAACGGAAACAUAACCCAUUCAGAAAAAAUGUUGAACGACAAGAAAUUGGCAAGGGCUUAGAGAAUAUGAAUAAUGCUUUCCUUGAAAAGCAAAAUUCCAAGAACAAACAAAAUUCCACAGAAACAGCACAACCAACUGUGAAGACAAAACAAACAAAAUUGAUGAGCAAGCCUUCAAAUGCCCAAGAACCUGCUAGGAAGAGUCCACUUCCUUUCGUCCAGUGGUUCGAGAAGGAAAGGCCAGCAAUGCAGGAAGAGUUUCCGGAUAUGAAUUCCUCCGAGUUGACGAGAGAGGCUAUGAAGCGAUACAAAGAAGUGAGACAGAAACAAAAAGAACAACAACAAGAACAGAAUGGUGAAUGUGUGCAGAAGCUAGGUUCUUUUGAGAACUGGUUUGAGGAAGAGAAGAGUAAUUUGCAGAAGGAAUUUCCAGGUGUGACACAACAAGAGUUAGCAACUGAGGGUCUUAAAAGAUAUCGAGACCUACUGCAGAAGAAGAGGAGGGAAGAAAAAGAAAAGGAGGCAGCUAGCAAGUCUGACUACUCUGAAAGUGCAGAAGUCGGAAGUGAAAGUAAAAAGAGAAAGGCCCAGGACGAGGCAGGAUCACAAGACAAAGUGGCAAAAAUACUAUCAUCAGACAUUGCACAGUUCGCUUUCAAGAAGUCAUAAUGGUUUCUCAUAGCACAUUUUUUUUAAUCAUUCUGUAUAUAUCUUGAAAUGUCCUUGUAUCAGGGAUGUUUACUGCCCGCUCUUUCGACACUGUUGAAUCAACAGAUUUUUCAUAUUUCACUUGAAAAGAGGACAUUGAUGAACUUUUGUACCAAGAUAUUUUUUAUGUGGAGAAAGAAUGAAAGCGACAUUUGAGGAAAUUAAUUGUAGUUUCUAUCAUGAGAACAAAAAUGCUAACAGUAUGGCAGUAUAAUGUGUCUUUAGUAAUAUUGUAGACAGUUUUAUCCCCAGUUUCAUGAAAUUUAAAGUUGCUUUAAAGCACAGAUUUAUGUCUCUAGAAAAUUAAAAUUUUAAGAGUUAAAUAUGGGAGACUGGCACUUCCUUAUAAUGCUUUACAGCACUUGACUGAUCUUCACAAGACAUACUGUAUGACAGUGAGCACCGUGCAACAAUGAAGGUUUCUAGUCAUUCCUUCACAUUUUGUGUUCUAUAGGAAAUUUUAAUGUAACUAUUAUAAUAAUCUGACUUUCUUUACGUCUUUAUGAGAAAUUAUAUUAAUAGCACAUUUGUACUGUUGGGAAUGUUAUCAAUAAAGGUGAAAGUAGAUAAAAAAAUUAGUAGCCCUCAGGCAAUAAUCUACUGCAGGAAAGCCCAAGUUUCUAUUUUCAGAACGUGCACCUCAUAAAUUUAUAUAAACGGUCACAUAAGUAUUUUACUUCUCUAAUGUUGGAAAAUACAGGAUGGAAUGUCAAUAUUAUGAAAAGGAUAGUUGCUACUCUCUCCGUAUAGCAGAGAUGCUAGUCACAGAUGGACACAACAAAAAGACUGUCAGAAUGUAAGCUUUCGGCCAACAAUGCUACAUCACACACACACACACACACACACACAGAGAGAGAGAGAGAGAGAGAGAGAGAGAGAGAGAGAGAGAGAGAGAGAGAGAGAGUGUGUGUGUGUGUGUGUGUUUUUUACCAAUGAAGGCCUUGUUGGCUGAAAGCUUACUUUCUUACAGUUAUUUUUUUUUUAGUUUAAUUUUAUAUUAUUUUUUAUUUUUUUAAUCUAGCAUAUCCACUGUAUGAUAAGUAGCAACUAUCCUUUUCAUAAUAUUGACACUACUUGUCUGACAUGUUACAUAAAGAAUUUAGAACACCAAUUUCCAUCAGAAGUGCCUGCAGUGCAAAAUUUCAUCGCCUACCAAAUUCAAGUGAAUACAAAUCACCUGUCUGAUGGAGGAGAUCUCUGUCAUUUACUGUGUGCAUUGAGCAAAAUGAUGUAUCUGAGUUAAAAGAUGAUGAAGUAUGCAAAGAAUUUUGGUCACCUGUGAAACAUGAAGUAUACAGUAAUGCCAAAUUCCACCAAACUUAAUAUGGAGUGGUAAUUUAAAAGACAUGGAAAGAAGAAAAGUUUUAUCUGUUGUACUUGUUGGCUGUAAAUAUGGAAUGUAAUUGUCAAACUUUCUAUGUACUGAUUAUGUUACAGUGGUUCUUAAUUUAUAUGACGCCCAAUUUUGUAGUGCCUUGUUUUAAUGUAACACCCUGAAAAAAUUAGUUAGUGUUGCAUUCAACAUCUCAUAAAUGAUUAAUAAAUUGUGUUUUGAGAAAAAAUUUCUUUUAAUAUAAUUUUUAAUUUUAGAAGUAGGAAAUUGAAUUCUCUUGUAUGCAAACCGUGAUAAACAAAUUAAUGUGAAGCAUCAAUAAACUGUACUUACACAAAUUUAAUCUACAGUAUGCUCCUGCUUUCUUUUCAGUGAACAGCAGUCAUUUUAAAAUAUCAGUAAUAUCCUGCCACAUGCAUCUUCCAAACCUGACUACAAAAUCUCUCAGUAGUUGGACCUUUUUUCCCUACUUGAGAGGUUUGAGCUAUUUUCUUUUUAUAACCACCAAAAGUUUUUGUAGUAAAAUGUGUUCUUGUUCCCAAAGUAACGUGCAAAAACAAGUAGUUUGAUGCUACAGUGCAAGAAUGUGAUUUUAAUCUGUCUCGUCUCACUGUGAAGCUUUACAGUUACUGUUAUUCCUGGUGUUACAUCACACUGUAUGCCUUUGUGCGUGAUCAGUAACAAUGUAGUAGCAGUGCAGUAAAGAAGUUGCUGACAAUAUCUUAUUUCAAAAUUUCUGUGAAACUGUCAUAAUAAUAUGCAACAGUAUCUGUGACUGUCGCCAUUUGAUACUAUACUGCAUUUAAAUUGAAAGAUAAAAUAGAAGUGACCAACAGUAUUUCAUGUAUUGUAAAACAUCUGUGUCCACAUUAGCAACAUUUUGUAGUCACUUGAGAAGCAAAAUUUAAAUUGUUGUUAUGAACUUUGACAAACGUUACAUUAUGUAAAGAAUGUUGUGAAAAAUUGUUAUUCUUGUAGGGUUUCUUUUAUUAAAAAAGAUACAAAGGCUAACCUUCA